AUGGCCGGGAAGGACACAGGUGAGCACUUUGCAAUCCAAGAGGGAGAUAAUUCGGACAUAGCGGCUGCGGCGCCGUCCGUAGAUGAACAGGGCGCUAAGCCGAAACGUAGAGUAGCCCUCUCGCAAAAGGCUCAGCAGAACUACGAGCUCGAAAGAGAUGAGCAUCGUGCGAAACUAGAUAAAGCUUGGGAAGAAACAGCGCUCGAGCUGGAGAAGAUCUGUAUACCAGAGGCGUCGUAUCAAGAAGUUGGGAGACUGAGCACCUCCUACAAACGGUACAAGCUUCACGCUGAAAGGUUCUCCUCCUUCCUAACAAAGACGAAUGUAGAACAGAGUUUAACGGAACGAGACGUUCAGAAAGCAAUCGACAUGGAUCGGGACGAUCUUGUGCGAGGUAUAAUCACCGAAAUUGAACACCGUCUCGACGGCCAGCGAGAGACGGGCUCUCGGCGCUCCGAUGGUUCUGUUCAUUCAUCCUUGUCGUCACGACGUUCCACCCAUUCCAGUUUGGAUUCAUCAGUAAGCUCCGCAGCGACUAGAGCUAGAGCCGAUGCCGAAGCAGCUCGCGCUCUCACGUCUUACAGUCAACAGGAGACUGCCAUGAAACUGGAGAAAGCUCGUAUAGAGGCCAACCUAGAAGCACUUCAAAGAGAGAAAGAAGCUGCUGUCGCGGAAGCGCAAGCCAAGGUUCUAGAGGCGGCACUUGAACGAUACGACCCACGGCUUACAGAAGUCAAAUUCGUCGACACGUCGGAAAGGACUAGGGAGUACGUUCUACGUCACGGAGUACCCCAGAGCACGCACGUGUUUACGGGAGACAGUCAUCGAUGCCACACUGUAAGCGGUGAACAGACGGCUGCUGCAGCACCUGGCGCGUCACAAGGUGACAACGUCUCUCGCGCUGCCGGUGGAAGACUUUCCGGAAAUCGUACAAUUGGUCUGGGGGGAGAAUCAGAACCAACUACACCCCAGAAUCCCCUACCCAUUAUGGGUGACGUCGCCAGGUGCUUACUUCGCCGGGAGCUGGUUACUACGGGCCUCUCGAAGUUCAGCGACCGUCCGGAAGACUAUAGGUCGUGGAAAUCGGCAUUUCGUAACGCUACUAAAGACCUUGGAAUAUCAGCCACAGAAGAGAUGGAUCUCCGGGUGAGGUGGCUGGGAACCGAAUCGUCCGUGUACGCUAGAAGGCUAAGAGCUGUACACAUCGGAAACCCGGAUAUGGGACUUCAGGCGAUCUGGGAACGGUUAGAAGAGGCCUACGGUAGCCCGGAGGCAAUCGAAAACGCGCUAAUAGACAGGCUUGAAAGGUUUCCGAGGAUACUAGGUAGUGACCGCGAGAAACUGAGGGAGCUGGGAGAUUUACUCCAAGAACUCGAGUCAGCAAAGGCAGAUCCACACUUGCCUGGGCUCUCCUACCUGGACACGUCACGUGGGGUCAACCCCAUUGCAGCGAAACUUCCUCUACAUUUGCAAGAAAAAUGGAUCGCUCUAGGAUCGAAAUACAAGCGGGAACACUGUGUGUCUUUCCCACCAUUCUCUGUCUUCUCAGACUUCGUCCGAACCACGGCGAAGACAAAGAAUGAUCCAAGUUUCAUAAUCGGGCCCUCAAGCGAUAACACAGGCAAGAAGGACAAGACAUCCUCGUCGACAACGCAAUCCUCUAAGAAAUCGUCUGUAUCGGUGCACAGGACCACGAUUACCUCUCAAGAAGACAGCUCAGCGAGUCAAGUGGAAAGAAUUCCAAAGAACCCUGAAGGAAUGUGCCCCUUGCACAAGAAGCCACAUAUACUUAGCAAGUGUAGGGCAUUCCGUCAGAAACCUCUCGCCGAGCGAAAGCGCUUGCUGUCAGAGUUCGGCGCAUGCUUCAAAUGCUGUGCGAUGACGCACAACGCGAAGAGCUGCGACUCAACGAUACAUUGCACUGAGUGCAAUAGCGACCAUCACAUUACGGCACUUCAUCCAGAGAACGUUACCUCGCAAGCUCGUCGCACCGCGGGAGUCCCGUCGGCUGAGGAAGACGGUUUCAGCCGAGCGUCCGCAAAGGUUACAUCAAGCUGCACGGAAGUGUGUGGAGAUGCCAAUUCGAGAGUAUCCUGCUCAAAAAUAUGUCUCGUCAAGGUGUACCCAGAAGCUCAGCCAGAACAAGCAGUUCGGAUGUAUGCGGUCAUUGACGACCAAAGCAAUAAGUCAUUGGCCAGACCCGAAUUCUUCGAAUGCUUCAACAUUCACGGGUGCGAGUAUCCAUACACGCUAAGGACGUGCGCCGGGGUGGUUGAGACGUUGGGACGACGAGCUACCGGCUAUGUUGUUGAGGGCAUCGACAGUGGCAUACGUCUGCCUCUACCAACGUUGACGGAGUGCGACCAGAUUCCUAAUGACAGGAAUGAGAUUCCAACACCGGACGCUGCUCGCAGACUUCCUCAUCUCAAGGCACUGGCAAAUGUCAUUCCGCCACUCGACCCCAAUGCACAAAUCCUACUGCUCUUAGGAAGGGAUCUCGUUCAGGCGCACAAAGUGCGUCAGCAGCGCAACGGUCCCAACCACGCUCCUUUCGCCCAGAAGCUGGACCUCGGGUGGGUCAUAGUUGGGGACGUCUGUAUCGAACGAUUGCGCACUCCACAGGUCUGUACCUUCGCCACAACCGUGUUGCAAAACGGCCGUCCUUCCUACUUCACGCCCUGCCCCAACCACAUUAUUGUGAAAGAAAAGCCCUGCUUUGAGCAUUCUGCAAAAGAAGUCGUCCAGUCUCCCCCGCCGCUAAGCAACGACCUUACGGAUCCCCUAUUCCAGAUCACAAGAGAUGACGAGAAGCUUGCUCCGUCAAUGGAAGAUAAAGAAUUCCUGAGCUUGAUGGACGGAGAUUUCCACAGGGACACGUUAAACAACUGGGUAGCCCCUUUGCCUUUUCGUGUGCCCCGACGUGAACUCCCUGACAACCGAGAACAGGCGUUUUCUCGGUUCGCUUCGUUACGUCGCACUCUGGAAAGGAAUGCGGAAAUGAAGAAGCACUUCGUUGCCUUCAUGCAGGAUAUGCUCGAAAAUGGCCACGCUGAGCAGGCACCGCCAAGAAAGGAAGCCAACGAAUAUUGGUACCUCCCCAGCUUCGGUAUUUACCACCCGCAGAAACCGGGCCAAAUCCGGGUAGUUUUCGAUUCAAGUACCAAGUACCAAGGUGUUUCGCUCAACGACUUGCUCCUUUCGGGAUCGGACAUGACAAAUAGCCUGAUCGGUGUGCUGCUCCGUUUUAGAAAAGAGGCUGUGGCGGUAACGGCUGACAUCCAGCGAAUGUUUUAUUCCUUCUUCGUACGUGAAGAAGACAGAGACUACCUGCGCUUCUUGUGGUUCCGAGACAACGACACCAGCAAGGAUGUCAUUGAAUACAGGAUGUGUGUACAUGCGUUUGGCAACACAUGCUCUCCCGCUAUUGCGACCUACGGCUUAAGGCGCACCGCACAGGAGGGAGAGCAGGACUUUGGAGCGGACGUUCGACACUUUAUCGAAAGAGACUUCUACGUCGACGACGGCCUCAAGUCCUUACCGACCGAAGAGGAGGCUAUUGAUUUACUCAAAAGGACACAACACAUGCUGAAAGGAGCAAACCUGCGGCUUCACAAGAUAGCCUCUAACUCUGUGGAGGUCAUGGGCGCCUUCCCAUCUGAUGACUACGCCGAGGGCCUUAAAGACAUGGACUUCGACGGAGGUCACGUACCGAUGCAACGGAGCCUUGGACUAAACUGGGACCUAAAGGCAGAUACGUUCACCUUCAAAGUGCCCGUAAAAGACACCCCGAACACACGACGCGGCGUACUAUCCACUGUGAACAGCCUAUACGACCCCCUAGGAUUCACAGCCCCAGUGACAGUACAAGGUAGGCUGUUGCUGAGAGAUAUUUCUUCAGAAACAUCGGAUUGGGAUGCCCCUCUCGACCUGAAUGACAACUGGCUAACGUGGCGAGACUCCUUACAUCAUCUUGAACGGCUCAAGAUACCACGCCAGUACACUGCAAUCUCUCUCUCCGACGCCCGUCGACGGGAAAUCUGUGUAUUCUGCGAUGCCUCAGAAAAGGCGAUCGGCGCUGUGGCGUACAUCAGAGCCACAGAUGCUGAUGGAAUGCAACACGUGGGUUUUGUGUUUGGAAAAGCAAAGCUAGCGCCGCGCCCCGAACAGACCAUUCCAAGACUUGAGCUAUGUGCCGCAGUGCUCGCCGUCGAUAUCGCAGAGUUAGUCGUCAGCGAGAUCGAUGCUCACAUCGAUGACAUUAAAUUCUACACGGACAGCAAAGUUGUGCUCGGAUACAUCUUCAAUCAAUCGAGGCGUUUCUACGUCUAUGUCAGCAACCGUGUGAACCGCAUACGAAGAUCUACGAAGCCCGAGCAAUGGCAUUACGUUCCCACCGGUCAGAACCCUGCAGAUCACGCCACUAGACCUGUGGCUGCAGAUGCUUUGGCUGGCACGACUUGGCUGACAGGACCGAAAUUUCUCCGGGAAUGUACGGACGCGCAGAGAGAGCGCACAGCCUUCCCGCUUUUCGAACCAGAUCAGGACAAGGAAAUCCGUCCUCAAGUGGCUGUCUCGGCAACUCGCGUAGGAAAUCAACAACUGGGGGCUCAUCGCUUCGAGCGCUUUUCGACAUGGACAUCCUUACUGCGGGCCGUGGCAUGCCUGGUGCAUAUCGCUCGUUCCUUUCAUAACCCUUUGGCUGAUUGUCACGGAUGGCAUUACUGCAGCAAACCUCGAAGCGCGGAUGAGCUGAACGAGGCGAAGAAAGUAAUCCUUCGUUGCGUCCAACACGAAGAAUUUCCAGAAGCCGUCACAUGUCCCCGUACGGACGCAGCUCAACAAAGUCGCAUUUCGUCCAGCAAUCCUUUGUGUGAGCUCGACCCGUUCGUCGACAAUCAGGGCCUGUUGAGAGUUGGUGGACGCCUACGGAACUCCGACCUCGACGAAGCGGAAAAGCAUCCAGUCAUCGUUCCGGGUCGCCAUCAUGUAGGCUUAUUGCUGAUACGGCACUAUCAUGGAAAAGUUAAACAUCAAGGGCGACACUUCACCGAAGGAGCUAUUAGAGCUGCCGGGUUUUGGAUUAUCGGCGGAAAAAGAUGCAUCGGCGCCAUGAUUCAUCAUUGUAUCACAUGCCGCAAACUUCGAAGAAAAUUGGAGCAUCAGAAGAUGGCCGACUUGCCUGAAGAUAGGCUAAGCGCGGAUCCUCCGUUCACCUACGUGGGACUGGACGUUUUCGGCCCUUGGAUGGUUGCCUCACGUCGCACAAGGGGCGGUCUCGCCCACAACAAAAGGUGGGCAGUCUUAUUCACGUGCAUGGCCAUUCGUGCAGUGCACAUAGAGGUCAUUGAGUCAAUGGAUACGUCAAGCUUUAUUAACGCCCUGCGAAGAUUCCUUGCGCUCAGAGGCCCAGUGAAACAGCUCCGUUCAGACAGGGGCACGAACUUCGUUGGUGCCUGCUCUGAGCUCAAGAUGUCGGCUGUUGGCUUCGAACUUCGUAAAGUUCAACGCUUCUUGAGCGAGCAAGGCUGCACCUGGAUUUUCAAUACACCUCAUUCCUCCCACAUGGGUGGCGUGUGGGAACGCAUGAUAGGCAUGGCUCGCCGGAUCCUGGAUUCAAUACUUCUGAACGACGGCUCUCCUCGCUUCUCCCAUGAGGUCUUGACCACAUUCCUAGCAGAAGUGACCGUCAUUAUAAACGGCAGACCAUUGGUUCCAGUCUCCUCUGAUCCCGAAUGUCCCUCAGUGCUCUCCCCUGCAAUGAUCCUGACGCAGAAACCUACGUCGUCAACAGCACCUCCAGGAGAUUUUAAAAGUCUUCAUGUGAAGCAGUGGAAACAAGUUCAAGCUCUUGCCAACAGCUUCUGGCAUCGCUGGAGAACACAGUUCCUGCCCACCCUUCAACGCCGUCGCAAGUGGAAAACCGAUCGACCUAACCUUCAAGUUGGCGAUCUUGUGCUGCUGAAAGACGUGGGCGCUAGACGCAACGAGUGGCCAAUGGGACGAAUCACCGCUGUGCGGCGAGGGAAUGACGGUAAGGUGCGCAAGGUGCAACUCCAGACAGUUAAAGACGGCAAGAAGAAAACCUUUGAACGACCAGUCUCCGAGAUGGUUCUCCUGUUCUCGCCGGAUCAAAGUGACUGA